AUGAUGGUGAGUAGCGUUUCAUGCUUCGCUCAUUCAGACACAAUCCACCUGCAUCUGUCUAGUUAUCAGUGCAUAUGUGUUACCAAAUUGCAUGAUUUGGUAAAUAUAUGCUGUUUCUAUCCAGAUCGACGCAUUAUAUUUCAAAUAAAAUACGUUACAAAGUCCACCGUUAUCAUGAUGCUAACAAGUAGCUAACUAACUAGCGUCUCCUCGCAUCAAUUGGGCGUACCGGUAUUCUUACUAGCUAGCGACGCUCUGUACCGUUUGUUCAUAGAUAGCUAAACCCAAAAAAAUCUAGGUGCAUUAGUAAUAUGCUAACAUGGGUUUGAUAGUUCAAGUGUAAACCCAUGUAUAUUGUUUCAUAGUAGUCACCGCGUCUAGUUAGGUAAAGUAGCUAAGUUACGUCCUGGCUUUGUCCGUCAACUUGUGCUAACGUUACUAGCUUGCUUGGUCUGGUUGUCGGUCAUGGCUUGAAGGGAUCCAGCUUUUGUGAAAUUUAACGCCAGAUUUGAAUUCUCGUAGCAGGUUAGAAUUUAUACAGCAGGUUAGGAGAAGAAAAGGGUUAGUUAAAAUGCAAAAAAAAAACAAUAACUUGACGGUAAUUUGACAUGGUGGACCCCUUCUAGCCAUGUGCUAACGCUACUAGCAGCAGUAGUAGCUAGCAAGGAGUGGUUGUCGGUCUUGACAGCAUUGUGGCGCAUCAUAUUUGGUUAGAACAGUCGAGAACCUUCCCGCUAGGCUAGUUGGCGAGUUAUCUUUCCCAGAUGCGCUUUCUAAGCAUGUUUUGAUUAUUGACAAACAUUGGAAGGCUAGCCCCUUAGAUACUGAAUAAGUUAUUUUAUGCUGGUCCGGGUUGAACCGGUCAAAACCUCAAAACCAAAGGCCCGUCAUGUCAUCGGGAGAGGGGAGCGCCCUUGGCCUUUCUCAAAUUAAACCGUAAUCUUCGCAGCUCGGUCAUUUUGUCAAGGCAGCAUGGUGCAUCGUCCAGAAACGUCACUUUGCUCAAACUGAUCCUCUCCAACAGCCUCAAUCCCUGAUCAUCGGAGGUUAUAAAAAUGGGGCGAUUAGAACAGUUAAAGGGGAGAGACUAUGAACCCAGCCUGAAAACAUAAAACGUUUCAAAAUCACAAUAUAACUUGGAAAAAAAGAGCGUGCCAAUACCCUGCUGGGACGUUCUUUCCACACAAUAUAUUUAGCAACACCUGCAAUUUAGCAUUAGCUUAUAAACGGAAAGACAGCAUAGACAGCCAUCUGAAAUAAAUGUAAAUGCUUCUACCUUAGAAGGUUGUGGAGAAUAUAGUCAGUCUCAUCCUUAAGUAACAAGACCACAUCAAUCAACAACAGUAUUUCACAAGGUAUUUGUUGUCUGUUCUUAACAUCAAAUUUUAUUCCUCACAUGCGCGGAAUACAACCAGUGUAGACCUUACCCUGAAAUGCUUACUUACAAGCCCUUAACCAACAAUGCAGUUCAAGAAUGAGUAAAAAAAAUAUUUACUAAAUAAACUAGAGUACAAUAAAAUAACAACUCGGCUAUAUACAGGGGGUACCGGUACCGGAUCAAUGUGCAGGGGUACAGGUUAGUCGAGGUAAUUUGUACAUGUAGGUAGGGGUAAAGUGACUAAGCAUAGAUAAUAAACAGCAAGUAGCAGCAGUGUAAAAACAAAGGGGGGAGGGGGGCCAUUUGAUUAAUUGUUCAGGAGUCUUAUUUAAAAAAAUUUUUUUAGUCAUUUAGCAGACGCUCUUAUCCAGAGCGACUUACAGUUAGUGCAUACAUUUUUCAUACUGGCCCCCCGUGAGAAUCGAACCCACAACCCUGACGUUGCAAACACCAUACUCUACCAACUGAGCUACACGGGACUUGGCUUGUGGGUAGAACCUGUUAAGGAACCUUUUGGUCCUUGACUUGAAGCUCCGGAGCUGUGUGGUAGCAGAGAGAACAGUCUAUGACUUGGGUGACUGGAGUCUUUUUGGGCCUUCCUCUGACACCGCCUAGUAUGUAGGUCCUGGAUGGCAGGAAGCUUGGCCCCAGUGAUGUACUGGGCCGUACGCACUACCCACUAUAGCGCCUUAUGGUCUGAUGCCGCACAGUUGCCAUACCAGGCUGUGAUGCAACCGGUCAGGAUGCUCCCGAUGGUGCAGCUGUAUAACUUUUUGAGGAUCUGGGGACCCAUGCCAAAUCUUUUCAGUCUCCUGAGGGGGAAAAGGUGUUGUCUUGCCCUCUUCACGACUGUUUUGGUGUGUUUGGACCAUGAUAGUUUGUUGGUGAUGUGGACACCAAGGAACUUGAAACUCUCGACCCGCUCCACUACAGCCCUGUCAAUGUUAAUGGGGGCCUGUUCGGCCUGCCUUUUCCUGUAGUCCACGAUCAGCUCCUUUGUCUUACUCGCAUUGAGGGAGAGGAUGUUUUCCUGGCACCACACUGCCAGGUCUCUAUGGGUAUGAUGGGCAUUUUUUAUAUCAGAAAAUGUAGUGUGGGGACUUUUCAGAACACAAAUGGCUAGCCUAGUUUCAUUUGCUAUAAAAAUAACAAUCCAUGAACAUCUCCAACUCUGUUUAGACCGCAGUAUUUGGAGAGAUGCGCUUCUCUGCCUCCACAAAGCGCGUAAAAGCUCAGGUACUCUGAAUGAUAUUCUGACUCUUGGGGCUGACCCCAUUUAGUCAAUUGUUUGGUCUAUAGGCUGUUGGUCAACCAAUAUUGGGGGGGGGGGGGACGUUUAUCUAGAUCUCUGGUUCCCUCUUGAAUCAUUUGUCUUAAUUAUUUAAUCAAACAGUGCGCUUAAAGCCAGAUGUAUUGACUCUCGUCACAUGACUUUGAUUCGAGUGACUCGAGUCACAAAUUUGAGACUCAACUUGAUAGAAAAUACAAUUUAAGUAGGCUACAUAUAGCCGACCAUAUAGCCAACCAUUUCUAUUCUAUAUUUAUACCUUUGCUUAUUUGAACUGGUCACUAACAUGGGCCUACGGCAUUGCACCAAAUUCUUGUUUCAAAAACUUAUCUGUGCUUCAGAACAGGAAGCUGCGCGUGUUGUUGACCAGUCAUCAGCAUUGGUGUGCAAUGGUGGCGCACAUAUCCAGAUUAGUGACCAGAAAGCGCUCGUUUAAUUUAUGCCUUGCAAAAAAAAAAAUGGUUAGCCUACCUACAUUAUUAUCCAUAUAAAGUACAGUUUAGCAAUCUGCUACGGACGCAUCUUUGCCACAAUAGGCUACUUUAUUUGAUCAUAUUUCAAAUGGGUCUAUUUUGUGUGUAACAGGGCUUGACAUUAACGCUUCCGGGGGGGCAAGUCAAAAUAAUUGCCGGACAAGCAGAUUAGAAAUUGUCGUCCGGCUGGACAAGUAAAAUAAAAUCACGCGAAAAUCACUGUAAAACAAUUAGGCUUCUCCGAUCAGAAUUGUAUCUGUUUCCUUUGGGAGGAGAGUGCAUUACAAAGCGCAUUGGAGUAUAAUUAUUGUUGGCCUGCAUUGACAGGCACGAGCGGUCUUUCAAUCAUGCAGUUUUUGGUCUGCAAUGAACAUCCUGGUAAAGUCAUGGUGUGUGCAUCACCUGUGUGUUUGCCAGUGGGUCGUUGCCAGAGAGGGAGAGUGAGAGACAUUGCCUAGCAGAUUAAAUAUACGGUAUAUGAUAUAGCCUACAACAGACUAACUAGAAAGCCAAUUCAAAACAUAUUGUGUAGUUUGGAUGGUUCUCGCGAGUUAGCUAUUAGCAUGUAUUAAUGCCAUUGUCAUGUCCGAUGUCCUAAAAUAAUUUUCCACCAGCACUCAUGUAGGCAAUAACCGCAAAUGGCCGACACGCAGGUGUGCAGUGGAUGAAACAAAUGCUGCAUACUCGGGUUGGAAAACCAUCUCUCAAGUGCCCCAAAAAACAAAAACGCAUGGCCCUAGGAAUGUGGCAUCACUUGAUCCAGCAAGCUACCGGUAAUGUUAGUUGUGUGACAAGUAAGAGGACAAAUCUUGACGGAUGCUGCUAGCUAACUGCUAGUGGCUACACUUUGAGGAUCAAAAGCGUCACACCCAAAUUCUGUCACGUGGACCGCGCAUCCUGUGCACGGAAAUCAAGUUGCUUUGGAUAAGAGCAUCUGCUAAGCUAAAUGACUAGAAUGUAACGUAAGUGUCUCUGCAGCCUAACUUUCUCUUCUUGCCUCAAUUAAAAAAAGUGACAUAAGAAUCUUUAAAUCCUUUUGAGUGCUGACCCUCUACAAAUGAAAUGAAACUCUCUCCACCCCUCCAUCCCAUUGCUGCCUCUCCACUCUUAGCCAGGGCGAACUUGUCUGCAUAAAGACUAUAAUAAUAAUAAUAUGCCAUUUAGCAGACGCUUUUAUCCAAAGCGACUUACAGUCAUGCGUGCAUACAUUUUUGUGUAUGGGUGGUCCCGGGGAUCGAACCCACUACAUUGGCGUUACAAGCGCCGUGCUCUAACAGCUGAGCUACAGAGGACCACUAUAAUGUAGACGUCUGUCUCCAGCCAACAUGGCUGUCUUGCUUACCUCUCCUCCCCCCUCUCCUCUCUCCCUGUAGCCCACACCGGUUAUCCUGCUGAAGGAGGGGACAGAUACGUCUCAGGGCGUCCCCCAGCUGAUCAGCAACAUCAAUGCCUGCCAGGUCAUCGCCGAGGCCGUCCGCACCACCCUGGGGCCUCGCGGCAUGGACAAACUCAUGGUGGACGGCAGAGGUGAGAGGGGUGGAGGGGGAACAUGGCCUGCAGUAGUUGGACACUUGUUUUGCAAUGAUACUGAAGGCAUGUGUGGGAUGUCUCCCUCAGGUAAAGCCACCAUCUCCAACGACGGGGCGACCAUCCUGAAGCUGCUGGAUGUGGUUCACCCUGCUGCCAAGACCCUGGUUGACAUCGCACGCUCCCAGGAUGCCGAGGUUUGCCUGUCUCUUGUUUGUCUCCUGUCUGUCCCACUUUCAUACUCUUUCCUCCCGUUCUAGUGUUAGUCUAUUCGCUCCGCCUCCCUCUUAUUGGUGUUCAAAGUUUCUAUUCUCUCUCCAGGUGGGUGACGGUACCACGUCUGUGACCCUGUUGGCAGCAGAGUUCCUGAAGCAGUUGAAGCCGUACGUGGAGGAGGGUCUACACCCCCAGACCAUCAUCAGAGCCUUCCGCAGCGCUACGCACCUGGCCGUCAAGAAGAUCAGAGAGAUCUCUGUCACCGUCAAGAAGGACGACAAGAAGUGAGUUGGGAGUGUGUGUGUGUGUGUGAGAGAUCUUUCAAAGGGGAUGGAAUAAAGCAGAAGACAAGUUUCCGUUGGAUAUCAGAUUGAACAUAGUCUUCCUCUAGAGAACCUUAGGGAACUCUUGGUGAAGUAUGCCGCCACAGCCAUGAACUCCAAGCUGAUCACUGUCUACUCCCCCUCUUCUAACCAUCUCCCUCCCCUCACUCCCUCUAGAGAACAGAGGGAACUCUUGGUGAAGUGUGCCGCCACAGCCAUGAACUCCAAGCUGAUCGCAGGUCAGAGUUUUUGAAUUUUUUAUUGAACAACAGAAACAUAAGGUGUUGGAAUUUGCUUUACAAAUAACUUACAAUUAAUUCAUCUACAGCUUUUGUUACUACUGGUAGGGUUGCAACAUUUCUAAUAAAAAGAUAAUAAAUCCUAGUUAGAGGAUUCUGGAUUUCCUGCUUAUUCCUUCCUGAUUCUGGGAAUCUUCCAACCUGCUUUUCUCAAUCCUGGGAAUGUUUGGAAUGUUGCAACUCUUUAACUAUUGGUAGUUUUCAGAAGGAAGUAAGGGUAUUAAUGGGGUGUUAAGGUUCUGGUAUAAAGGUUGUAUUAAUGUUGUAAUUGAACCCGACCCCAGGUCAGAAAGAGUUCUUCAGUGAGAUGGUGGUGGAGGCCGUCAUGAUGCUGGAUGACCUGCUGCCCCUCAAGAUGAUCGGUAUCAAGAAGGUGCAGGGGGGAGCUCUGGAGGUAAGACUGGGACCUUAAGGGGAGCUCUGGAGGUAAAAUGGUGUUGUUCAUUUUGGUGAGGUGAGACUACAGGGCUGAGUCUCAAUAUAGUAAAGUGUCUCUACUCCAUCUUUGGGUGUAGUGCUGGGACCUAGGGUUCGUCUCUACAGUCUAAAGCAGGGUUCUUCUAUUCCGGUCCUGGAGGGCCGAAACACUUCUGUUUUUUAUUUCUACCUGGUAGUUAAUUGCACUCACCUGGUGUCCCAGGUCUGAAUUAGCCCCUGAUUAGAAGGAGAGGAUGGAAAAACAGAGGUGUUUCGGCCCUCCAGGACCGGAAUUGAAGAACCCUGGUCUAAAGAGUCUCUCUACUCCAUCUUUGGGUGUAGGGCUGGGACCUAGGGUUCGUCUCUCUCUACUCCAUCUUUGGGUGUAGGGCUGGGACCUAGGGUUCGUCUCUACUCCAUCUUUGGGUGUAGGGCUGGGACCUAGGGUUCGUCUCUACUCCAUCUUUGGGUGUAGGGCUGGGACCUAGGGUUCGUCUCUACUCCAUCUUUGGGUGUAGGGCUGGGACCUAGGGUUCGUCUCUCUACUCCAUCUUUGGGUGUAGUGCUGGGACCUAGGGUUCGUCUCUCUACUCCAUCUUUGGGUGUAGGGCUGGGACCUAGGGUUCGUCUCUCUACUCCAUCUUUGGGUGUAGGGCUGGGACCUAGGGUUUGUCUCUACUCCAUCUUUGGGUGUAGGGCUGGGGCCUAGGGUUCGUCUCUACUCCAUCUUUGGGUGUAGGGCUGGGACCUAGGGUUCGUCUCUCUCUACUCCAUCUUUGGGUGUAGUGCUGGGACCUAGGGUUCGUCUCUACUCCAUCUUUGGGUGUAGGGCUGGGGCCUAGGGUUCGUCUCUACUCCAUCUUUGGGUGUAGGGCUGGGACCUAGGGUUCGUCUCUCUCUACUCCAUCUUUGGGUGUAGGGCUGGGACCUAGGGUUCGUCUCUACUCCAUCUUUGGGUGUAGGGCUGGGACCUAGGGUUCGUCUCUACUCCAUCUUUGGGUGUAGGGCUGGGGCCUAGGGUUCGUCUCUCUCUACUCCAUCUUUGGGUGUAGGGCUGGGACCUAGGGUUCGUCUCUACUCCAUCUUUGGGUGUAGGGCUGGGACCUAGGGUUCGUCUCUCUACUCCAUCUUUGGGUGUAGGGCUGGGACCUAGGGUUCGUCUCUCUACUCCAUCUUUGGGUGUAGGGCUGGGACCUAGGGUUCGUCUCUACUCCAUCUUUGGGUGUAGGGCUGGGACCUAGGGUUCGUCUCUCUCUACUCCAUCUUUGGGUGUAGGGCUGGGACCUAGGGUUCGUCUCUCUCUACUCCAUCUUUGGGUGUAGGGCUGGGACCUAGCGUUCGUCUCUACUCCAUCUUUGGGUGUAGGGCUGGGACCUAGGGUUCGUCUCUCUCUACUCCAUCUUUGGGUGUAGGGCUGGGACCUAGGGUUCGUCUCUCUCUACUCCAUCUUUGGGUGUAGGGCUGGGACCUAGGGUUCGUCUCUCUCUACUCCAUCUUUGGGUGUAGGGCUGGGGCCUAGGGUUCGUCUCUACUCCAUCUUUGGGUGUAGGGCUGGGACCUAGGGUUCGUCUCUCUCUACUCCAUCUUUGGGUGUAGGGCUGGGACCUAGGGUUCGUCUCUCUCUACUCCAUCUUUGGGUGUAGGGCUGGGACCUAGGGUUCGUCUCUCUCUACUCCAUCUUUGGGUGUAGGGCUGGGACCUAGGGUUCGUCUCUCUCUACUCCAUCUUUGGGUGUAGGGCUGGGACCUAGGGUUCGUCUCUCUCUACUCCAUCUUUGGGUGUAGGGCUGGGACCUAGGGUUCGUCUCUCUCUACUCCAUCUUUGGGUGUAGGGCUGGGGCCUAGGGUUCGUCUCUCUAUAGUCUCAUUUCAUGGUGGGAAGACGAGCGGUGUAGGUCCUAGAGCCGGGGAAGGCAACUCUUUUGUUCCAACUAGGCACAACAUCUGACCAACUGAGCUAAUUGAUCAGUUCAGUGAUUGCCUAAAUUCAAUACACCUGGUCUUCCCAGUUGGUUAAAUGCCGUGGGUUGCCUACUCCUGUCCUAGUGUUAUCACUGUACAACCCAGUGUCCCGUCUGGUGUAAACAGGGAAAUUAUUGAUUCUAUUGCACUACCAUGUGGUCUGGAUCCUGCCAGAAGGUUUCAUUUAUUCCACCACCUAUUGCAGUCGGUCUCUACAAGAGACUAAUUAUACCUCUGUCAGAAGAGCCCUCCUCCUAUCUCUCUACCCUACCUCCUCUCCUCUCUCUCCUCUCUACCCCCCGUCUCGCCUCUCCUCAUCUCAAAAGCCUCUACUCUCUCUCUACCCUCCUCUAGACCCUCUCUCUCUCUCUUCUCUCCUCUACUCCUCCCCCUGCUCUCUCUUACCCCUCUCUAACCAAGAUGUACUAGAACACCCUCGAGGGAAAGAAAAAAAGACUCCCUCUCUCUCUCUCCCUCCUACCUGAAGAAAACGGAGAGAGACCCUUCUCUCUCUACACCCUCUCUCUCUCUUUCUCUCACCCUCUCCCCCUCUCUCUCUCUCCCUCUACCAUCCUCCCCCUGUCUCUCUCUCUCCCUCUACCCUCCUCCCCCUGUCUCUCUCUCUCCCUCUACCCUCCUCCCCCUGUCUCCUCUCCUCCCUCUACAGGAGUCUCACCUGGUAGCUGGCGUGGCCUUCAAGAAGACGUUCUCCUAUGCUGGGUUUGAGAUGCAGCCUAAACGCUACGACCAGCCCAAGAUCGCUCUACUCAAUGUGGAGCUGGAACUGAAGGCCGAGAAAGACAACGCAGAGGUCCGCGUCAAGUCUGUCGAGGUUAGUUAUCAAUCAGUCAAUAAAUACAUUUAGCGAUCAAUAACGGGGCAUUAUUAUAUCACUAAUGAUUUUGGCUCUGCUGUUGUCACUACAGACAAAGACAUAACUGCCACACGUUGCGAUCCUCUUUUAAAAUAUAUAUAUAUAUACAUACAGCUGCGGAAAAAAUUAAGAGACCACUACAAAAUUAUCAGUUUCUCUGGUUUUGACUAUUUAUAGGUAUGUGUUUGGGUAAAAAUAACAUUUUUUGUUUUAUUCUAUAAACUACUGACAACAUUUCUCCCAAAUUCCAGAUAAAAAUAUUGUCAUUUAGAGCAUUUAUUUGCAGAAAAUGACAACUGGUCAAAAUAACAAAAAAUAUGCAGUGUUGUCAGACCUCGAAUAAUGCAAAGAAAAUAAGUUAAUGUUCGUUUUUAAACAACACAAUAGUAAUGUUUUAACUUCAGAAAUCAGUAUUUGGUGGAAUAACCCUGAUUUUCAAUCACAGCUUUCAUGUGUCUUGGCAUGCUCUCCACCAGUCUUUCAUAUUGAUGUUGGGUGACUUUAUGCCACUCCUGGCGCAAAAAUUCAAGCAGCUCGGCUUUGUUUGAUGGCUUGAUCACAUUCCAGAAGUUUUCAAUGGGGUUCAGGUCUGGAGAUUGGGCUGGCCAUGACAGGGUCUUGAUCUGGUGGUCCUCCAUCCACACCUUGAUUGACCUGGCUGUGUGGCAUGGCGCAUUGUCUUGCUGGAAAAACCAAUCCUCAGAGUUGGGGAACAAAGGAAGCAAGUUUUCUUCCAGAGCAACCUUGUACGUGGCUUGAUUCAUGCGUCCUUCACAAAGACAAAUCUGCCCGAUUCCAGCCUUGCUGAAGCACCCCCAGAUCAUCACCGAUCCUCCACCAAAUUUCACAGUGGGUGCGAGACACUGUUGCUUGUAGGCCUCUCCAGGUCUCCGUCUAACCAUUUAGACAACCAGGUGUUGGGCAAAGCUGAAAAUUGGACUCAUCAGAGAAGAUUACUUUACUCCAGUCCUCUACGGUCCAAUCCUUAUGGUAUUUUGCAAACCUCAGCCUGGCUCUUCUUUGCUUCUCAGAGCUUUUUUCUAGCUUUGCACGACUUCAGCCCUGCCCCUAGGAGCCUGUUUCGAACCGUCCUCGCUGUGCACUUCACCCCAGCUGCCGUUUGCCAUUAUUUUUGUAGGUCACUUGAUGUCAUCCUACGGUUGUUGAGGGACAUUCGAAUUAGUUGGCGGUCAUCCCGGUUAGUAGAGAGUAGUUUUCGCCCUCUGCCGGUCUGUAGCUUUGUUGUCUCCAAUGUCUGCUGCUUGACCUUGUUCUUAUGAACCGCCGUCUUUGAAAUUUUAAGGAUGGAAGCAACCUGACGCUCACUGUAUCCCUCUGCCAGUAAAUCCUGAAUUGAACCCUUAUUUUCCUCACUCAAAACUUUCCUUUUCAACUCUUGGCAAGGUCAAUAGUUAUUUCUUGAUUAAUAUUACUUUUGAGGUACUAUUAGCACUGUUUUUGCCAUCCAGCUGGUCCUAUUGCAAGAGGAUAGUGAUGACCACAGCAGUGGUUUUUAUACUUUUCCUCGUUAAAUAAAAUUUGGUUCAUGUGAUCACCUAAUUCAGUAGAAUGAGGUGUGCCUGUGUUGGAAUUCAACAGACACUGGCAUGGAAUGGCUGUCGUACAUGUAGAGAUGCUGAUUUUAAGAAGACUUUGCAGUGGUCUCUUAAUUUUUCCCACAGGUGUGUGUGUGUGUGUGUGUGUGUGUGUGUGUGUGUGUGUGUGUGUGUGUGUGUGUGUGUGUGUGUAUAUAUACAUAUACAUGAGACGUGAUUCGUACCCACGUCACCAGUGAUGUGUGUGUGAUCUGGAGUCUUGGCUAACCACUACCGCCAGACACUAUCCUAAAGAUGGAGAGCCGGAACACAACCGUUCUAUUCACUCACACUGUCCCUGGAUGGCAUCUGAAAUAUGAAGAAUAUUAUUGACUAAGCCAUAGGAAAUACACUACCAUACACCAAAUGCUUUUGAAAUGAAUGAGGGAAGAGUUAAGUCUAGAGAAUUGGAAUGCACCUUUUCCCCCUCUGUCUGCUCUCCAGGACUACCAGGCCAUCGUAGACGCAGAGUGGAACAUCCUGUAUGACAAGCUGGAGAAGAUCUACAAGUCUGGAGCCAAGGUACGUAGCUAGCUAACGACGUUUCCCCUGGUUUACACGGCCUCUGGCAGUUGGUUGAAAGAGUUGCCAUGACUACGGCAGGCUAGCUUGCUGGCUGCUGAGGAUAACGUUAGACGAUGUUAGCUUUCAUGCUAGCAGACUUUUAGGACAUUUUUAAUUAAACGUAUCAAAACCCAACAGCAAUAGUACAUCUAGACUCACAAUUAUCUUUGUUUUUAAAACCAUGAAGAAAUCAGUUAUGGCUGAAAUGUGACAUGUUGCUGCUUUUUUUUUUUUUUUUAAGGUGGUCCUGUCUAAGCUGCCCAUUGGUGACGUGGCCACACAGUACUUUGCUGACCGGGAUCUGUUCUGCGCCGGACGUGUUCAGGAGGAGGAUCUCAAGAGGACCAUGAUGGUAGGGGACCGCAAUGCAACCACAGUGCAGUCAAGAUAUUUUGAUUUUUAAAACUGGGUUGUGUUCAUUAGUUGAAUGUCUUCCAAGCCACAGAUUUUUUUGUUUUGUUUGUUUCUCAUUCGAAAAGUUCACAAGUUAUUUGUCUGAAUUUAGAGCAACUGUCUGGAGUGGGAUUGUUAUCAAUAGCAUCUUAUAGAUGCUUCUUCUAUUGAUUUGUGCAUUUUUCUAGCUGUGUGUAUUCCUAAUGUGGUGUGUGAUGUGUCCUCCAGGCCUGCGGGGGCUCCAUCCAGACCAGUGUUGGCUCCAUGACAGACGACGUCCUGGGGCGCUGUGAACUCUUUGAGGAGGUGCAGGUCGGAGGAGAGCGGUAAGGGCUCCUAGGAGGAACACUCUUCAGUGUGUGUACCUCCCUUCAGGGAUGAAUGUUAAGCGAUCCAGAGGCUCGUACUUUUCAGACCAGGGGCCCAGUUUCCCAAAAGCAUCUUAAGGCUAAGUUCAUCGUAAGAACCUUUUGUAGGAGCAUCGAUAAAUUUGAGCUGUUUCCCAAAACCAUCGUUACUAAAGUUGCACUUGAAAACAGUUAUUUACCAACUGUCUUGGAAGACUUGUAGAACUGCUAAGUGCGCUGUUGGAUCAUUUUUUUGCCCUUCCAUGUUUUAUACACCAAGAUCUCCGCUAAACACAGAAUCAAGAUGUUUGUUUCUGUGACCGCCCCGAACAAAGUUGCCUACAAAUACAAAGUUGCCAAUGUCUUUGCAAUUGUUACAAACAAGCGAAGGAUAAAAUUAUGCUUCAAAUGAAAACCAAGAAGACUGCAUUAAGAGACCUACAGUAGGACUACAUAGACCUAUAUAUAUUUCAAUCACAUUAAAAUCAAUUUUGCUUUAAUUCAAUGAAUAUUUUGCCGUUUUGUAGGCUGUCUUAACUUUUGCCUCAAUAUAUUUCAUGAUGUGUGAAGUGCGCAUUGAUGUGCCAAAUUGACAUUUUUUUUGUACAUUUGGCCUAUUGUAGGUAGGCUAGAAUUAUCCGGCUCAAUAUUUGCAGCCGUAUGGGUGAUUUUAAUUUAUCUCUAGGAGUCUAGAAUUUAUCUCAAGUUAAGAAUUUGAAUUUGAAGGCUGAUCCGAGAGCAGCGCUGUCUUUUUUUGAUCCUAUCGGUAGGCUCUAACGACGCACUUGGCGAACGUUCUUUCUGCGCCGUGUUUUUGGGAAACCGCAUGUUACAUCUUCGGCCGCCGUGAGAACGAUGCAUCGUUAAAACACUCGUAAGCCUAAGUUCCAUCGAUAUCGGGAAACCGGGCCCUGGCUGGUAGAAAACGUCACUGGCCUGGCAGGUUAUUGUUUUCAAAUAUUGUAUAGCACAGAAUUGGGAGAAUGUCACCCGGACUAGUUUUAAAAUUGUGAUCUACUGCAUCUAAGCCCGUGUGUGUUUUUAAAUGUGCCCCCUCCCGCCCCCUCCAGGUAUAACUUCUUCAAGGGUUGUCCUCGCUCCCAUACGUGCACCAUCAUCCUGAGGGGCGGAGCCGAGCAGUUCAUGGAGGAGACGGAACGCUCUCUGCAUGACGCCAUCAUGAUCGUACGCAGAGCCAUCAAGGUAGGUUGACCCGCAGGCCACUGGACCUAAACCAUAGAGUUGGAUAGAGGGCACAUCCUAAAGCUAAAAAUGGUAUUUGGAAGCACGUGUUCCCUCUACCCAACUCUAUGACUUAAACCAAUGCCAUCCUUCUACAGUGAGCUGAUAUUUCAUCAGGGCUUGGGCUGGGUAACCAACCUAACCCAAGGCAUCUGUUUCACUGACUGUUCCCUAACUUGUCUCCACCAUCCAAGCUGGUGCAGUAGAGAUGGUCCUCUCAAAGUACCUGCGUGAUUAUUCCAGAUCAAUUCACUAACCUCUCUCUCCCUCAUCCCUCUCUCUUCUCUCCCCUCAUCCCUCUCUCUCCCCUCAUCCCUCUCUCCCUCAUCCCUCUCUCUCCUCUCCCCCCUGUCUCUCUCCCUCAUCCCCUCAUCCUCCUCUCCCUCCCCUGUCUCCCCUCCCCAUCAACUCAACCUCUCUCCCCAACUCCCUUCUCCUCAUCACACCUCUCUCCCCCAUCACUCUCCCCUCAUCCACCUCUCCACCCUCUCUCUCCCCUCAUACACUCUCCUCCCCCUCUCCCUCUCUCCACCCUAUCUCAUCCCCUCAUCCCUCUCCCCCUCCCUCUCUCUCCUCCAUCCCUUUCUCAUCCCCCUCUCCCUCUCUCUCCCUCUCCCUCUCUCCACCCUUUCUCCUCUCCCCUCAUCUCCUCGUCGUCGCCGGUCGUCGAUCUCCACCUCAUCAUCUCUCAUUCUCCCACCCUUCUCUCAGCCCCUCCUCUCCCUACGCUAACCUCUCAAUCAUCCCCACUUCCGUGUCCGCAGUCACCCACUCCAUAUGAACCACUGGGCAAGCGAGCUGCAUAGGUGACACCUCAAGACUCGAUUAUCCAGAAAACCAGUCCUGAACACACAUGACUACAUCGGCCUACCCAACCAUAACACAUACUCCCCAACACGCCACCAACAUCUGAACAAAGCUGCGGCCAAGCACGCACAGGUACACACACACCACACGCACUCACACACACACACACCAUAAACACACACCACACGCACUCACACACACACACACCAUAAACACACACCAUGCACUCACACACACCAUAAACACACACCAUGCACUCACACACACACACACACCAUAAACACAAACCAUGCACUCACACACACACACACACCAUAAACACACACCAUGCACUCACACACACCAUAAACACACACCAUGCACUCACACACACACACACACCAUAAACACACACCAUGCACUCACACACACACCAUAAACACACACCACGCACUCACACACACACACACACACCAUAAACACACACCAUGCACUCACACACACACCAUAAAACACACACCAUGCACUCACACACACACACCAUAAACACACACCAUGCACUCACACACACACCAUAAACACACACCAUGCACUCACACACACACACCAUAAACACAUACCAUGCACUCACACAUACACACCAUAAACACACACCAUGCACUCACACACACACACAAAAAGCACGCACAGGUAGACACGCGCACACACCCACACCACACACACACACACCAUGCACUCAUAGGUGGGUAGACAAUGGGCGCGUUCCAGCGGAUCACUUUAGUCAAGAUAUUGACCGUCGUUGGGCACCUUUCAGUGUGUUGCAUUAUGGGCAGGGGUGAAAGUAAGCCGGUCCGGUACAGUGUACCGGCAAAAUAAAUAGUGGGGGUAUGCGGUACCGUUAAAACAUGAGCCUAUCACAGGUAUGCCGUACCGUUUAAAACAUGAGCCUAUCACAAUAAUUAAAACAUCCUACAGUUUUCUUAGAACCUAUUUACACUAUUUAUCAAAAGCGAUUAGACUUAAACUUGUGGAAUACGCUCAAAUUAGGUGUGGUUCAACGAUAACGCUGACAUUUUGCCCAAGCAGAGAUGAGUGACCAAAGACGUGUGCUGACAGGACAGUGUAGUCCUCAAUUCAGUUUACAAGACUUGUGCCUAAAAGGAUAACAAUCACCUGACUGUCAUUCAGAACACUUUCUCUCUUUGCAUCAAAUGGCACUGUAUGGAUGCCAGAAUUAUUUUAGUGGAGCAGUUUAAUAGUUGGAAUAGUAUCUGAUGUCUGGACACUGACUGUAGGCCUCAUGUAGCCUAUUAUAAUGGUGGUGGUCCUCUGUAGCUCAAUUGGUAGAGCAUAGCGCUUGUAACGCCAGGGUAGUGGGUUCGAUCCCCGGGACCACCCAUACGUAAAAAUGAAUGCACGCAUGACUGUAAGUCGCUUUGGAUAAAAGCGUCUGCUAAAUGGCAUAUUAUUUAUAAUAUUAACUCCUAAAGAAAUAAGUGUUCUUCGCAGUAAAAUUAUAGACCAAAUGUUAGUUUUUGUUUUUGGGAACAGGAGUGGAGAAAUGAUUUAUUUUCAACACCUUGAGAGAAUGUGAUUGCGCGCUCAGGGCCCUGUUGUGGAGCCUAAACAUGCAAUUUCUUUCAACCACAUCAAAUAUGCACCCAAGACUAACUGAAAUACUAUCAGAAAACAUGUUGGAUUGUUUUCACAGCUUUUCAUUUCUUUAAAACCCGGUCAAACUUUCAUUUGGAAAUCUCCCUGGUCCCUGAACGUCCUCGCUCCAUGUUUAACUUUACAGAUGUCAACUGGAUCGUUGAUGAUGCAUUGAUCAGUCAUUGAUCAGUCAUUGAUGCAUUGAUCAGUCAUUCUAUGGAUUUCUGACCUUAUUCUGGUGAGGAAAGGCUUUAGUAUUCUAGACGAGCGUCAAGUAAUGACAGAAGAGAAGGGAUUGUAGCCAACCAAAUGUCAGCCUACUUUUAACAAAAUAAACGCUCGUAAUGCUGUUCCACCAUUCCUGAGUUAACCUGCCCAGGGAGCCUACAUCAGCCUUUUGAUGUAUUUGUUUGACAACAUUAAAAGGAUAUAUAUAUAUAUAUCUACAUUUGAAAAGUUAAAGGAUCAAUCUUUCCUAUUAGGCCCAUAGAGAUCCUAUUAAAUUAAUCGGGAUUCUAUGAUUAGGCCCAUUUAAAAGAGAAAGUGUGCACACUGGGACUAAAUUUACAUUUUAGUCAUUUAGCAGACGCUCUUAUCCAGAGCGACUUACAGUUAGUGAGUGCAUACAUUAUUUUUAUUUUUUCAUUAUGUCCCCCGUGGGAAACGAACCCACAACCCUGGCAUUGCAAACGCCAUGCUCUACCAACUGAGCUACAUCCCUGCCGGCCAUUCCCUCCCCCUACCCUGGACGAAGCUGGGCCGAUUGUGCGCCGCCCCAUGGGUCUCCCGGUCGCGGCCAGCUACGACAGAGCCUGGAUUCGAACCAGGAUCUCUAGUGGCACAGCUAGCACUGCGAUGCAGUGCCUUAGACCACUGCGCCACUCGGGAGAACCAUUCUCAUUAACUAUGGUUAUAACAACUGUCAGACUUGCGACUGACAUGUCGACUGCAUGGACUUAACAAAAACCUGCCAUUAGGGUGUUUUUGGUUGACCCACGCCAACGUGGCCAAAGACUUGACUGAAACGGGAACCAACUUUGCUGUGAUUCUAAAGCUACAGCGGAUGCAAAGGAAAGUGAUAUUUGGGACCUGUCAGUAACCAAUGAAUUGUACACACGUUAUGUUUCCAGUUUGAGUGUGAUAUACGGGUAUAGACAUGUUUUUUUUUUAAACAUUUUAUACAGAAACUUUUAUAACCAAUAGCAGCUAUGUUGACACUGCCGUGUUGACCUGAGCCUUGUUGUUGGAAAACCACUAGUGUCCGACUUUCUGCUGUCGCAGAUGCACCUGCACCGACUUCAAUCGCCGAUUUUCGUCUAUAGUCUGCUUCAUUAGGCUUACUGCUCCAACACACCCUUAUGAGAGAUCCACACACACACACACUAAUCUCUCUCUCUCUCUCUCUCUCUCUCUCUCUCUCUCUCUCAGGGUGGUAUGUGGUACGGUGUAGACGUAAACAACGAGGAUAUAGCUGAUAACUACCUGGCGUGUGUGUGGGAACCCUCCAUCGUUCGUAUCAACGCCCUGACCGCCGCCAGCGAGGCCGCAUGCCUUAUCCUCUCCGUGGACGAGACCAUCAAGAACCCCCGCAGUAGCGUAGAAGGGCCUCCAGGCGGCGGGAGAGGCCGGGGACGCGGGAGACCCCACGCUCACUAG